AUGCAUUCAUCGCGCCAGCUGCGGUUUCGAGACGUUGCCAACGACAUUGUCGACACGCUGAUUGGCAUUUCCGCCGAGCCCCGCCUGAUGCCCGGCGCCGCUGCCGUGCCGCCUGCAGAGAUUGACGUGAAGGCAGACGACGACACCAUUCGUACCAGCAGCCACACAACCAACAACAACAUCAACACCACCACCAGUAUCGCCAUGGCCUCUGCGACACCCGUGCGCGCCGUCCGCUCCUCGGCCUCGACGCCUUCCCUGCGCUCGCGCGACGGCACCGUGCCGCCACACGCCCGGAUGGAUCCCGGCGGCAAUGUGCGCGUGGUCGUCCGCGUCCGCGCCUUUCUCCCGCGCGAAAUCGAGAAAAACACACCAUGCCUCAUCCAAAUGAACCCCAUGACCCAGGCCACGACGCUUCUGGCCCCAGCAUCCGCCGAGCGCGCCGAAACGCCCACCGCCGGAUUCGCCAAAGCCGCCAGCCGCCGGGCCAACCUCGAAGACCGCUCCUUUACAUUUGACAACUCGUUCUGGAGCCACUCGCGCGACGACGAGCACUAUGCAGAGCAGGCAGACGUGUACAACAGCCUGGGCGAAGAGUUUCUCGACCACAACUUCGAGGGCUACCACACGUGCAUUUUCGCCUACGGGCAGACGGGCUCCGGCAAGAGCUACACCAUGAUGGGCACGCCCAGCGAGCCCGGCCUGAUCCCGCGCACCUGCGAGGAUCUGUUCCAGCGCAUCGCCGCCGCGCAGAGCGAGACGCCCAACAUUGCCUACAACGUGCGGGUGUCCUACUUUGAGGUGUACAACGAGCACGUGCGGGAUCUGCUGGUCCCCGUCGCGCCCGCGCAGCCGUCGUACUACCUCAAGAUCCGCGAGUCGCCGACCGAGGGCCCGUACGUCAAGGACCUGACCGAGGUGCCCGUGCGCAGCCUCGACGAGAUCCUGCGCUAUAUGCAGAUGGGCGACCGGUCCCGCACCGUGGCCUCUACGAAGAUGAACGACACGUCCAGCCGCAGCCACGCCGUGUUUACCAUUCUGCUGCGCCAGAUCCACCACGACAUGGAGACGGACGAGACGACGGAGCGCAGCUCGCGCAUCCGGCUGGUCGAUCUGGCGGGCAGCGAGCGGGCCAAGGCCACGGAGGCGACCGGCCAGCGGCUGCGGGAGGGCAGCAACAUCAACAAGUCGCUCACGACGCUGGGCCGUGUGAUUGCGGCGCUGGCCGAUCCCAAGAGCGGCACCCCGCGCAAGGGCGGGGGCCCCGCCGCGAAGGGCAAGACGCGGCAGCCGGCGCGCGGCACACGCGCCGGCAGCGUCGACCAGAUCGUGCCGUACCGCGACUCCAUCCUGACGUGGCUGCUCAAGGACUCGCUGGGCGGCAACUCCAAGACGGCCAUGAUUGCCUGCAUUGCGCCGGGCGACUACGACGAGACGCUGUCGACGCUGCGCUACGCCGACCAGGCCAAGCGCAUCCGCACGCGCGCCGUGGUCAACCAGGACAGCAUGUCGACGGCCGAGCGCGACGCCCAGAUGGCGGCCAUGGCCGAGGAGAUUCGCCGCCUGCAGCUGUCGGUGUCGGACUACUCGCAGCGCUGGGAGCGCGACGCCGCCCAGGCCGCCCAGCACGCCCAGCAGCACGAGGCCCGCGAAGCACGCGACGCCGCCCGCGAGGCCCGGCUCGAGGCGUACCAGACGCGCGUCGCCACGAUGCAGCGCAUGAUGGAGGAGAAGGCGCUGGUGGCCGAGGGCAAGAUCCGCCGGCUGCAGACCGAGAACGAGGCCCUGCGCCUGCACCUCAAGCUGGCCGUCGACUCGCUCAAGAACCCGAUCCCGGCGGUCACGCCGUCGCCGUCCCUGGCCCACGUGGGCAUCGAUCCAGACGACUCGCGCCGGCGCAGCAGUCUCUUCCAAGACGCCCAUGGCGCCGACCGGCGGCGCAGCGGUGCCGGGGGACGGCGGCUGCGCAUGUCGCUCGACCCGGGCGGCCUGCUUGUCGAGGAGCGGCUGGAGGCAGGCGGCGAGGGCGAUGGGUACGAGACGGCAAAGGGCUCGCCCAAGAAGACGGCCGACAAGGAGAAUCUGGUGGACGAGGCCUACUAUGACGAGGACGACGAACAGGACGUUGGCGAAGAGGACGGCGACGGCGACGACUACGACUACGGCGACGACAUGGAAGAGUACAUGCAGUCGCUGCUGUCCGACUUGGGCAAUUUCCGCCGCAAGAUUGGCGACGACAAGCAGCGCUUCAUCUCUGCCGAGCCUGGCCUGGGGACGACUGCGGGGCGGCCUCCCCUGGCGCCGAGGGUGAAUGUGUAG